UGCAAACUUAUCGCUAUAUCAUCCAUUCUUAUACUAAACAUUAGGUUAUAACACCACAACACAAGAGGUGUGGUGUUACUAUCUUUGAUUUCCUUAAAAAGGAAAUAUUCAUUCCUACACUUUAGAAAUAUAAUCUUGAAUUUCUGAGAUACUAAAAAUGAGUCAAGAACAGCCAAGGAGGGAAGAAGCUGAGCAAGAGAAUGAAUCUGCUAAACAAGAAGAUGUUCAAGGAUCAUCAGUUGCUAGGAAGCAAUUUGUUGCUGACUCUAUUGGUGGACAGGCACUCGAUAAAGACAGAAAGCAGCUAAGCCCAGAAUCAGUCUCGGGAAGAGCAAACAUUACCAUUGGUGAAGCCCUUGAAGCCACUGUUGUCACAGCCGGACACAGGCCGGUGGAUUACAGCGACGCAGCAGCGAUACAGGCAGCAGAAGUGAGAGCCACUGGACGUACCAACAUCAUCCCCGGUGGAGUUGCUGCUGCUGCUCAGUCAGCUGCUACUCGCAAUGCUAGACUUACCAAAGAGGAAGAAAAAACUAAACUGGCUGAAAUCCUCGCGGAAGCAAGUUCAAAGUUACCUUCAGAUAAGCCAGUGACACGCAAAGAUGCAGAGGGAGUGAUAGGUGCAGAACUGAGGAAUGAUCCAAACUUGUGCACCCGUCCUGGUGGUGUUGCUGCUUCUAUUGCUGCUGCUGCUAGGCUCAACCAAACUAACAGCACUAGCAACACCACUAAUGGCACAAAGAAUAAUGAUAAAAACAGCACCAGUCCCAUGAAACAAAAACUAAACUAGGAUGAGAGUAAACUACUGCUAUAUCUAGUCCUUCAAACCUGUCCUGUCUCUCCGUUCCAUUUUUGAAUCUUUCUGUACUUGUUUUCUUUUCCUUUUUCUGAAAAUACAUUUUUUUCCUUGCCCCUAGUAGCCUUUGCACGAGAGAUUGUUACAAGCCCUUACUAUCGAGGCUUAGCUUGUAGAAGUAGUUAUCUGUAGUGAAUAAUACUCAGAACCUGUUUCUUUUCCUUUCGCAGCUUUGUGUAAAGGUUCACGAGUAUUUCAAGAAUAUGUAUUUGGUCAUUACUGCUCUUUUGCCACUAAGAUCACAAAAUGUAUGCUUUACACUGUA